UAUGUAUUAUUUUAAUAUUUUUAAUUUAUGUGUAUAUUUAUUGUAAAUUGGUUUGUUUCCAUUCAUAUGUACUAUAUUUGUUAUAUAUCUGUUCCUGAGUUCAGUUGAACAUUUUAAAUUAUUAUCUACAGAUCAUUAUUUUUAAAGGAAUACUUUUAUAUUAUGAACAUAAAAACUGUAUUCAAAUCUGGAUUGUUGAUCUUUAUUUCCAACGAUUUUUCUGGGAGAAGCGAGAUCUUUUUAUUGUAAUAUUAAGAUGAUCUUAUAAUUAAAUCAUCUGAUUGUAUAAUAUUUCUAAACGUUUAUUUUUAGCAAAACCUUUUUAACAUUUAUUAUUUUAAAACCUUCUGUCCAUUUUUUUACGUUCAAGUACACAUAUGUUCUUAUCGCUUUUUUUAUUAUUUUUACUCUCAAACGAUAAUAAUAUAGCAAAUUUUAGUUUUAAUUAAAUUUAAUUAUGGUUACUUCCAAAACUUAAAUCUAAAAUUGAUGAUUCUGUAACAUACAAAAAUGAACUCCUCUUUGAUACUUGACCCUAAGGUUAAAUCGCAAGAAAUCAGUGAUUCUCCUCCAGAUUUGGUCAUUGAUGUUGAUUAUCCCCUUCCCUUCACCAUAGAUGCUUCAACUUCUAUGGAAAUUGAAAUGAAGUCAGCGUUGAAGCAAUGCAUGAGUAUGCUGAAAAGUUACCUUUUUAGGAUCUUUAUAAUAAUUAUAGCCCUCAUUGCGGUGUUGUACUUUCAAGGAUUGCUAAUGUUAAUGAGUGAUACCUACUAUAUGAAGACUAAUAGGAUUCCCCUCCUCGAUAGAGUUCAUGAACUUUUGGAAGGUGUCAACCACCCAUUUUCACCAGCAUUGUGUAACACACUCAUGUUUAUUAUAGUGUGGGUAGGUAUACUAAGAAUAGUAUUUUUCACACCCUUGUUUUAUCUAUUUCAGAUGGCAUUGAGGUAUAUUUUUUUGUUCGGAAGCGCUUAUUUCAUUAGGGGCUUUUAUAUAUUUGCAACAACUGUACCCUCAUGUUAUCUGAAUUGUAAUCCGGAUCUAAAAAAGAGAUCUUUCUUCCCACUCUUAAUCAGGAUAAUUGCAGGUUAUAUGGGUCUCGUAACAAACUGUACAGACUUAAUUGUGUCCGGCCACACUGUGUUCACAGUUAUUACAGCCAUACUCUUCGUCGAAAAUUCUAAAUAUCUCGUAACUAAGAUUAUCAUUACACUAUACACUGGGUUCGUAUUGUUUCUUAUCGUUGCUUGCAAAUAUCAUUACACAGUGGAUGUUUUAUUAGGAUUAACGAUUUCUGUGCUCCUACACUAUUUCUAUUACACUAGAGUCGAUGAUUUUGGUACAUACAUUCACAACAAAAUAUUCAACUCCGGCUCAGAAAUCUUUCUCGGUGCCAGGAAAACUAAAUUACAUUACAGCUUGAUAACAAAAUUCAUUGUUAAAAUGGAACUGUUAGAAGAACGAUUAAUUUUGGGUCAGAAGUUGAGGACUUUGUACCUGAGAGUCAAUGACCAAAAAAAUCUGAUAGACAAGAAUCUCCUGAAAAAAUUCAACCACAUGGUUCGGCUCUUUGGCGCAGAUGAAUCUGAUGAUCUUUUGACUCUGUUCAGAGGAACUAGAAGAAUGAACUUUUACUAUUGGAAGUAUUUAUAUCGUAAGAUGUUCAAGAAGAAGAAGAUAGUAGAGGUUAUAUAA